CCCCGCACAAAAGCAUCAAACGCACAAGAAAGCUUAGGCUCAGCUCAGCUCGCCUUGUUCGGAAGUCACCCGCAUAUACCAUGGCGGCAUCAGUAGCCUGCUCCUCUUUCUUCUUCUUCGACGCCGAGCGGCUCGGCGAGGCCGGCAUGCCGGCGCAGGACGCGUGCGCGCUCUGCACCAAGCCGCUGGCCCGCGACAGCGACAUCUUCAUGUACAGAGGGGACACCCCCUUCUGCAGCGAGGAAUGCCGCGACGAGCAGAUGCAGCUCGACGCCGUCCGCGACAGGCAAGCCGCCCGGCGGCUGCGGCAGUACGCUUCGGGUACGGAGGCACGGCGCGGGCACCAGGAGUCCCGAAAGGUGUCCGUCGUGAGUUGA